AUGUAUUGCUCGGAGAGGAAACUUUUCAGUCAUGUCCUUCGUCUGCUGGCAGGAGGGAGUUUGAUGCUGUUUGCCACGGUGGUUUUGAAAUAUACCUCCUGGGAGUGCCGGUUUGACGAUCUGGGCAAAGACACUGAAGACCCGCAGACUCAACUAUGCAAGGACCAGCUCUACCAGUCUCUGCGACUCUCUCCCAAGAACGAGAUCCACUGCUCGCAGAUCACCAGGGGAGACACCGGCAUGGUCCAGGAAGCGCUGCUGCGGAGGCUGGAAAAGAAGAACCAGAAGGUCACUUUGAACGAGGGAGAUUACUUGAACAUGACCCAGAACUGCAGACUCUUCAAAGAGAGCAGGAGGUACAUCCAAUUCCCGCUGAGCGACGAGGAAGAAGACUUCCCCAUCGCUUAUUCCAUGGUGAUCCACAACCAGAUUGAAAUGUUUGAGAGGUUGUUACGGUCCAUCUACGCCCCUCAGAAUGUCUACUGCAUCCACGUAGACAAGAAGUCCCCCGAAACGUUCAAAGAGGCGGUGCGAGCCAUUGCCUCCUGCUUCAACAAUGUAAUUGUAGCCUCUAAGCUGGAACAUGUGGUAUACGCCUCUUGGUCCAGGGUUCAAGCAGACCUGAAUUGCAUGGAAGACCUCCUGGAGAGCAAAGUUCGGUGGAGGUACCUCCUCAACACCUGCGGGACCGAUUUCCCUAUCAAGACCAACGCAGAGAUCGUUCGUGCCCUAAAAGCAUUGAACCGGCAGAACAAUAUGGAAUCAGAGAGACCCUCUUCCAUUAAAGAAACACGCUGGAAAUAUAGCCACGAAGUGAAGGAUCACAUAUUUCGGACUAAUACCCUGAAGAGCCCCCCUCCCCAUGGGUCCCCCAUGUUCACUGGCAAUGCAUAUAUGGUGGUCACAAGAGAGUUCGUUCAACACCUUUUCGAAGACCCAACGGCAAAACAGUUCCUAGAGUGGAACAAGGACACUUACAGUCCCGAUGAACAUCUCUGGGCUACUCUGCAUCGGAUGCCCGGAGUGCCAGGAUCUGUGCCCACCAGUGCUAAAUAUGACCUCACGGACAUGAAUGCCAUUGUGAGGGCUGUGAAGUGGUCUUACUUAGCGGGGGAUAUCCGCAAAGGGGCUCCAUAUCCCCCUUGUACAGGUAUCUCCCGGAGGGCGGUGUGCAUCUAUGGAGUGGGCGACCUCCACUGGCUGAUCGCUCAACGUCAUCUCCUAGCCAACAAAUUUGAUCCCACGGUAGAUGAAUACGCCAUACAGUGUUUGGAAGAGUACCUGCGGUACAAAGCGAUAUAUGGAAAGGAACUCUGAUGAACGUCCAAGGCCGCUCAUGGAUAAAGGGACUAUCUAGAGAGAACCUGGCAACAUUUCCAGUGCAGCACAAUCGCCGUCGCGCUGCAACAGUGGUCACUUCUGA